GUUGGACCAGCGACCAGUCGCCGCCGCCGAUGCAAGCUCUUCCAACACUUCCGACCGCCUCAACGCAUUGGAGAUGGACGUCGGCUCACUCAAGGAUGGCGUGCAAUUGCAGCAAACGACGACACGACAGUUGCAACAACGGAUCUGCACUACCGCCAACACCUCGAGUUCGGAACCGCGCGAGACAACUCCAAAGUUCGAUGGGCAGGAAAUCUUCAGCGACUCCAUGAAGACAGAUCCGAUUCCAUGGUUCCGGAAGUUUGAGCUCACGCUGCAGCUACACAACGUCAAGGAACACAAGCACCACGCAUACUUGUACUCUCGCUCAGGGGGUGCGUGUCAGGCUUGGUUGGACAACCUCUUGUCCAAGUACGGAAUGGUAGCUAAUGACUUGCACACCAAGAUCAUUUGGGAUGAUCUGAAGGCGGCGUGGUACAAGCGGUUCCAGGUGGAGCUGUGGGAGAUCAAAGCCAUGGACAAGCUCAUGGUCUUCGAGCAAGGCACGCUGCCGAGUACUGACAAGAUCGCCGAGUACGAACGCUUGACGUCAGUCCCAGGCAUCCAGAUGGGCUUCAAAGCCAUCYGCCAUUACUUCAUCUCAAGGUCAUGUCCGACAUUAAGCAAUGCCUUGACUCAUGUCGGGGACACCUUGACGACGACGACGGAACUGUUUGACAAGGCCGCGCAGAUCAGCAUUACGAACACGGAGACCAAGAACCUCCGUUUAUCUGUGUCAGGCCUGAGCAGGGACCAACAUCGACCAAGAGUGGCCGUGGUCGCAGCGACAACGCCGUUUGACCAAACCAGCGAGGUUGUGUCUGCUAGUGAAGGGGACAGACUCGCAGCCGCCCGGGAAGAACAUGAUGGUGUGGACUGGCACCCGGUCGAGUACUUCAGCAAGAAAGUGCCCAUCGUGCAUUCCAUUGACGAUGCACGCAAGAAGGAGCUCCUCGCCUUCGUCCACGCGCUCAAGCGGUGGUGGCACUUCCUCCUUGGUCAAAGCCAAUUUUGCUGGGUAACGGAUAACAAUCCGCUGGUCUUCUACAAGACCCAAGACACCGUCAACAGCACCAUCGCUCGAUGGAUGACUUUCAUCGACCAGUUCGACAUCUUUCCCGAUUACAUUCACGGGAAGUCGAACCGUUUUGCGGAUGCUCUUUCACGGCAUCCGGAUCAUUGUACCACGGUCUACUCAACCUUCGAGAUCGACGAUGACCUGCGGAACAACUUCAUCCGCGGCUACCAAGCCGACCCCGAGUUUCGCGACAAGUACGCAAAUUGCUCCUCUCCUAAUCCAACUCCUUUUCACUACCAGAUCCAAGAGAGGUACUUGCUUGUCCACACGCGGGGGAAGGACCUUCUUUGCGUACCGAGUGAUCCUCACUUGCAUACACGGCUUCUUGGCGAGUUCCACGAUGCUCCCGCCACCGGACACUUUGGAGUCAAUCGCACGAUUGGCCGACUUCGCCAACGAUUUUGGUGGCCCGGCCUUCUCGGCGACGUCACGCGCUAUUGCGAGUCAUGCGAGGUUUGCCGAUGCUGCAAAUCCCGCAACCAUCGUCCGUACGGCGAGUUACGACCAUUGCCAGUCCCGUUGAGGCGAAGGGAAGCGAUUGCCAUGAACAUUACCGGGCCGUUCCGCAAGCACAAGACCGGAGUGGAUGGGAUUUUCACGGUGGUCGUCCGACUCACCAAGUUCGCCAUGUUUUUGCCUUGUCGGUAUCAUGCCAAGGCACCGGAAUUGGCCGAGGUUCUUUACGCCGGUUGGAUUCGAACCAAGGGUUACCCCAAGGAGAUCGUCUGCGACCGCGACACUCGGUUCAUGUCCGAUUUUUGGUUGGCGAUUAUCAAGCGAUGGGGCUCAUCUCUCAAGCACAGUUCAGCUCGCCACCCUCAGACCGGUGGCCAGACAAAGAGGGCUCAUCAGACCGCACAAGUUCUCCUUCGCACUCUCAUCCGCCCCGACCAAAAGGAUUGGGUUGAGCGGCUGUCGGACGUCGAGUUGGCCUACAACUCUUCCAUCCACCCGGCUAUUGGGAUAUCGCCUUUCGAGUUCGAGCACGGCUCGCCGGUCACUUCAUCGUUGGACACUAUUACUCCACGCACGGCUGAGAGCGACGACCAUCUUCUUUUCUUGCGUCGGAUGCAAGAGCUUCUUGUCAAGGCACGCGACCACGUGGCUAAGACGCAGCAGCGCAUGAGCCAGCAGGACAAUCGCCAGCCGGAACAUGACGAUUUUCCCGGGAGACGUAUGCAAGACCCACCUUCUAUGGACGGUUUUUAGGAGGUCAGCGACAUCAUCUCCCAGCGACGCUACGACAACAAGCCAACUGAGUAUUUGGUGCAUUUUGCAUACUGCACMCACCGAGCU